AUGGGGAAGGGCAAAGCUAAAGUUGUCCCUCAGGAGAGGAGGGACUUCAGGUCGGACCGCAUUAUCAACAAUAAUAGGCCGAGAAGAGAUUACUCGAAACAGUCUGGUUCCACGGGGGCAAUAGCGGUCCAUGCUGUAUUCCGAGAGCCACUACACAAGAUCCUAGAGAAGGUGAAGGGUGAACCUUUCUUUCAAUGGCCGAAUAGGAUGGCAGGUGACCCCUCAAGACGUAAUCAGAGUCUAUAUUGCGCGUACCACCAAGAGCCAGGUCACACCACCGAUGAUUGCAGGAAUCUAAGAAACCAUUUGGACCGGCUUGUCCGGGAAGGGAAGUUAAGGCAUCUGUUACAUCGCCUUGAAGGAUGGCAGAAACAGUCAAACAUUGAAACCAGACAAAGUACAUUGAGGCCACCCCUGGGCACCAUAAAUGUCAUUCUUGCCGCACCUGGAAGGAUCGGUUCUAGCCCCUCCAGAGUAAUGUCAGUGGGCAGAUUCCCGACUGAGGCGAACGAUAGAGAGUCCAAGAGAGCUAGAGUAAUUGCCUCGCCUUUAAUUGGGUUCUCAGAUGAGGACAAACAAGGAACCCUCCAACCCCAUGAUGAUGCCCUAGUUGUCACGCUCAGAAUUGGAGGUUAUGACGUGAAAAGAGUGCUGGUUGAUCAAGGUAGCGCCGUGGAAGUAAUGUAUCCUGACUUGUAUAAAGGAUUGAACUUGAAGCCAGAGGACUUGUCGGCAUAUGGCUCCCCUUUGGUCAGUUUUGAAGGAAAAACCGUUACCCCGAAAGGCAUGAUUAGGCUGCCUGUACAAACAGAUUCAGACGUGGUAGAGGUAGACUUCAUUGUAGUCGAUGCUUAUUCCCCCUACACGGCCAUCGUGGCCCGACCGUGA